AUGACUGGCGAUAGUGGAUGGGAUAAUUCUUCCUGCGGCGAAAUACUCGAUUUCCAAUGCUUAGACAGAGAGGGCCCGAUCGGCCAAACAUACACAGCGGAUGACGCUAUUCAGAUAAUCGACCUCAGGUCAUCAAACCCAUCUCAAAAGAAUGGAUCAAUGGAAUUGGGAAGCGCCGUGGAACCUCGAAGAAUGUCGUGCUCUUCGUUGGCCGUUUCUACCUCCGAACCACUAUCCGACAUUCCUUCUUCUUAUGAUGACUUUCCGACAUCCAUUUCCGAAGCGCAGUCCUACGCAUCCGACUACUUUCAUACGUCCAACAGGAAUUCACUGAUGUCGUCUUUACACCUCUCCCCGGUUGUCUCACCCCGAGCCGCCUCUCAAAGUCGACCAGAACAGGUCCGAACCCGGAGUCGUGGCCGCGCUUCACCCUCUCCGCGAUCCAGUACUCGAUCUACGCCGUAUAGUCUGGAAGGAUCCAAAAACCAGCGGUGGCCUACCGGGCCCUAUGCUCCCAUGCAAAAUCAGGGUAGACGCUGCUCUGCAACGAUGUAUGGGAACGGCCAAGAGGGAUUUGGAUCGAACCAGCCCAUGUCUCUCCAGAACUGUCCACCGAUACCAUCCGCUCCUGCCCCUCUUUAUAUGGGCAGCGGGUUCCAGGGUCAUCCUCGUCAUCAAUCAAAUGUCCUACUCGGGCAGCCAAUAAUACCGCGACAAGGCAUGAUGUUAGCAUCGCAGAUGCCACACCAGGGUGUGUUUGAGCAGCCGUCUCCACUGCCGUCUCAUGGGCUGUUCAAGAUGCUUCAGAGCAACGGGGAUCUCCAUAGCUUACAUGGCCACUUCUCGGAACUGUCUGAUCCUCCAAACCUACUAGCUGCCCUUCAGGGAGGUGAGAUGCCACCGCCGGACGAAGACAUGAGCCCAUCGGAUCCGAACCUCGUCCCUUACGAGCAAGACGUGCGGUUUGAAGGCGAUCUCUACACCCCGAAAUGGGUCCGGGGCCACGGAAACAGGCGCGAGGGAUGGUGUGGGAUUUGCAAACCGGGCAGAUGGCUUGUCCUCAAGAACUCGGCCUUUUGGUAUGACAAGUCGUUUACCCACGGCAUUAGCGCCGCCACCGGAAGCCCGUUUGAAGAACCCCUUGACACGCGUCGGAUGGUCGGCAAUCCUGACGUCUGGGAGGGACUUUGCGGCAGCUGCAACGAUUGGAUACCUCUGGUUAGCAGCAAAAAGAAGGGCACCACGUGGUUCCGCCAUGCCUACAAGUGUCAUACGCAUCAGAAAGUAAAAGAUGCCCCCAAAAGACGUCGAGAGACCAACAGCAACAGGGCCGUGGCUGGACAGGGGUCCAAGUCCAAAACGGACGUUGACACAAGACAACCUUCAGUUGCCCCACAAACCGUCAGGCCAGCAUCGACUUCAGCGUCUCAAUUUCAUGUCAAGGUUCUGCAGCAACGAAAGCACAGGCUCCAAAUGCCACCACACCAGGAAUCUGCACCAGGACCAGAGGGUUGCGGCCAGCCAGCCUCAUAG